AUGUACUCUCCAAUCCCCCCGCCCCUCCAACAACAAUCCGGCUACCCACGCCGCUCCACCUCCUCCGCCGCCUCCCACGACUAUACCGCUUUCGACCCCUACGGCCGCUCCAACGCCCUGUCCCCUGCGCCCUCCAUUGCCAACAACCGCAAUUCGAUGGCAUCCACCUAUACCACGGGCUCGUCUAUGGGUCCUUCCGCCGGCGGGCAGGGGAUGGGCUCGGGCAUGGGCGUGAGCGAUGGGCUGCUGAGGGGACCGUUAAUGCGGCAAGCGGGGGGGAACCCGCAAGCGCCAUGUGAUGAUGAAGACGACCCCGACGACUAUCUCCACGCCUUCACCCCCUCCGAGCUCGCGCGGCACAACGUCGAUACGCCAUUCAUGCUCUUCUCCUGGCGAGGCUGGGCGAACAUGUUUACGCUGUUCGUCAUGGGCGCCGGGCUGGUCAUGAUCUUUGCAGGGUGGCCGAUAUUGAGUUGGUGGCAAGAUACGUAUGGGGGCACGACGAAUUAUAGUGCGACGGCGGGGUAUAAUAUCGGAGGGAUCAAUGCGAGUGGGCAGUACCCCGAGAUUGCGGGGUUGCCAAAGAUGAUUGAUGAUGAUACGCCGAGCUGGGCGUAUACGAGGGAGGGGCAUGAUGGGGGCGAGUGGCAGUUGGUCUUCUCGGACGAGUUUGAGAAGGAGGGAAGGACGUUCUUUGAAGGCGACGACCCUUUCUUUACUGCUGUGGACAUUCACUACUGGGCUACCGGCGACUUUGAAUGGCUCGACCCCUCCGCCGUGACCACCAAAGACGGCCACCUCGUCAUGACCAUGACCCAAGAACCCAUCCACGAUCUCAACUUCAAAUCCGGCAUGGUGCAAUCCUGGAACAAGCUUUGCUUCAACAAGAAUGCGUUCAUAGAGGUGUCGGCGAGUUUCCCGGGGGUCUCUGAUAUUGGAGGGUUUUGGCCGGGGAUAUGGACGAUGGGCAAUUUGGGGAGGCCGGGGUAUGGGGCUAGUACGCAAGGGCUUUGGCCAUACUCGUACGACUCGUGCGACGUCGGCAUCCUCGAAAACCAAACCUACACAAACGGCACGGGCCCCACCGCCGCCCUCAACACCGGCUCCAACUCUGGCCAACUCUCCGUCCUGCCCGGUAUGCGCACGCCGUCAUGUACGUGUGAGGGGGAAGACCACCCGGGGCCGAAUGUGCGGGUGGGAAGGGCGGCGCCGGAGAUUGAUAUUAUUGAGGCGCAGAUCGUUAUUGUGGACGGGGUGGGGCAGGUUAGUCAGAGUUUGCAGUUGGCGCCUUUCGACGAUUAUUACCAAUACGACAACACGUCCGUCGAACAAUACAACACCUCCAUAACAUCCUUCAACUCCUACCUCGGGGGCACAUACCAACAAGCCGCUUCCUCCCUCACCACCGUCCCUUCCUCCAUCUACUACAACCAAGACGACGUCGAGGGGUAUGAGGGAGAGUCGGGGCAGUUUGCAAUGUUUGGGUUGGAGUACCAGGCGUUCCCGGAUGAGAGGGAUAGGGGGUAUAUUACGUGGUAUAGUGAUAAUAAGACGAGCUGGACGGUUUAUGCGGAUGCGAUCAAGGAGAAUACAAAGACGGAGGUGGGGAGGAGGAUUAUACCGGAGGAGCCUAUGGCGCUGAUCUUCAACCUCCACAUGUCCAACAAUUUCCAAAACGUCGACUUUAGCAACCUCAAAUGGCCGAAUUAUCAUCGGAUCGACUAUGUUCGGGUGUAUCAGAAGGCGGAUCGGAUUAGUGUUACUUGUGAUCCUGAAGAUUACCCCACAGCAGACUAUAUCGCCAACCACCUCAACGUGUACUCGAACCCGAAUCUGACGACAUGGGCGGAGGGGGGUUAUGAGAAUCCGAAGAAUGCGUUGAAGGAUGGGUGUUGA